AUGCUGUCCCUUUUCCCCUCAAAGGCCCUGUGCCUGUCUCUCUUUGCGUCUCUCCUCCUCACAACGCAGGCCGUCGUUCCCUCAAGUUCUGCUGUCCUCCGACCUGGCGGCAAUUCUGACUCCAAUGCCAAUUUCACCGUUGCCAUCAAUGUCCCUUCAGGCAAUUCCAAUGAACUAUAUUUCCACUUCUCUUCUCCUGCGGGCAAUUCCUACGCCGCCUUUGGAAUUGGGAGCCAGAUGAGAGGUGCUCUCAUGUUCAUUGCACAUGCCUCUGAAGAUGGCAAAAAUGUCACCUUAAGUCCUCGUAUUGGCUCUGGCCAUUCGGCUCCCACACCCACCGACGAUGUCAAAAUCACCCUCUUGAGCGGCAGUGGUAUAAUCAACGAUACCUAUGUCGUCAAUGCCAAAUGCUCAAAUUGUCGAUCCUGGAGUGGUGGAAGUGCCGAUGUCCUGAGCGACUCUCAAUCCAUGCUUUGGGCAGUUGGCGAGGCUGGAGAGAUCAAAAGCAAUGCUUUGGAUGCUAGAAUUCAGGAGCAUUCGAGGCGCGGAGUUUUCAACCUCGAUUUCAAAGCCGCAACUGGUGAUGCAGGCGUUCCCGUUGUCGAUGCAUCCUCCGACAAUGUAGACACUAUUGGACCUGGCAGCAGAGGUGGUGAUGGUAGUGGUCCUCGUCAUGGCAUUGCUUUCCAUGGAUUUUUGAUGGGUGCUGCCUUCCUUGUCAUUUUCCCUGCCGGUUUGGUCUUACUGCGAGUGUUCGAGAAGGUCUGGUUGCAUUGGGCUGUUCAGUCAUUCGCCCUGCUUUUGGUCUUCAUUGGUACCGGCGUGGGCGUUGCUAUCAGCAAGAGAGACGACAUUGUGAGUUACAGUUUAUACACUAUCAUGAUCAUGAAUACAGGACUAACAAACGUCAAGGAACCCAAUCUCACUCAUCCCCAUCAAAUUAUCGGCUUCAUCGUCCUCGGCGUAGGACUCCUGGCAUGGGGAAUUGGCAUGACUGGUCACGUAAUGUUCAGACGCACUGGAAAGCCUGCCGCCAUCAUGCUUGGUCAUCGGAUUACUGGACCUGUCACCAUGUCCAUGGGCUUAUCCAACUGUAUCGUGGGAUUUCGUUUCGCGGGUAACAACCGUGGCGCCAUCAUCUUUGCAGUUGCCGCUCUGCUUAUGAUCAUCUUCGUUUGCACCGUACUAUUCUUCACUCGCCGAAGAAAGAUGCGCAAGGGUACUAUGAACACCCCGGCUGCACAGAAUUUCCGUGAGGGAAACAUGGGUGGCCCAACUCCAUAUGGUCCUCAGAGCCCAUCUAUGCCUUCAUAUGGCCAAGGAGGAAUUCCUCUCGCCAGCUACCAGAACAACCAACCUCCACCGGUGUACCGCUAG